UCCAUUUUCGAAUAACACUAAAGUAACAAUGUGGAAAAAGUCAAGGUGUCUGAAUACUUUCCGAAUGCACUCUAGAUCCAUAGGAAAGUAACCUGAGAUGUUCUAUAGGUGCAGGCAUGGAUAGACAUAAUCGGGUGGCGGUAUACCCGAAUAUGGCUCAAAAUUGUCUAAAGAAAAAGGCCUCUCCUCAAUUCCUCUGCGUGGAGCCCAAGAGCCAACCAUAGCCGGUCAAAAAAAGGUCUUCCUCAUUCCAAAAGCGUGGGAAAGGGGAUUCUGACACACUCAACAAAUACAAAUGAUUACCUCCUCCCUGAGGAAAUGCAAUUUUAUGAACUGUAUUUCCUUGGCAUAACUUUGACUACUAACCUUAACUGGGUGGAGUUUGAACAGGUGCACUGUAUAAAAACGAMAGGUAACGGCUUAAAGACCAGUAGUGGUGGAUGGCGAAAGUCAUUCAAAAUGGGCAACUGGAUCAUUAACCAUGGACUGACAUACUUCAUACUGGUGGUCUGGAUGGCCAUCAACAUAUUCAUCUUCGUCUGGUUCUACUUCUUGUACGACUUGGGGGAUCAGUUUUUCUACACGCGACACCUUUUAGGGUCUGCAUUGGCCUGGGCCAGAGCCCCUGCAGCCGUCCUCAACUUCAACUGCCUGCUGAUUCUGCUGCCUGUGUGUCGGAACCUGCUGUCUCUUGUCCGCGGCUCCUUCGUGUGCUGUGGGCGAACUAUGAGGAAACAGCUGGACAAAAAUAUCAGUUUCCACAAGCUGGUGGCCUACAUGAUUGGCCUGAUGACAGCGGUUCACAUCAUUGCCCAUUUGCUGAACGUGGAGCGGUACUACAACAGCUGGCAUGGAGAGUAUGAUACCCUCAGCAUGGCMCUGUCCAGACUUAACGACUCGGGCAACACCACCUACCUGAACCCAAUCCGCUCUACAACCACUACUCCGAACCUCCUGGUGUUCACCACCAUCGCUGGGAUCACGGGCGUAAUCAUCACGCUGGCAUUCAUCCUUAUGAUCACCUCGUCCAUGGAGGUCAUCAGGCGCAGCUACUUCGAGGUCUUCUGGUUCACACACCACCUCUUCAUUGUCUUCUUUGCUGGGCUGGUCAUCCAUGGAGCCGGACGCAUAGUUCGAAGUCAAACAAACGCCAAUCCACCAUAUAAUAUCACCUUCUGUAAAGAUCAUAUAGAAGACUGGGGGAAGGAAACAAUGUGUCCCGUCCCUCAGUUUGCAGGGGGGUUCCCACAGACCUGGAUGUGGGUGAUCGGUCCCAUGGUCCUCUAUGUGUGUGAGCGCUUGCUGCGCUUCAUCCGCUACAUUCAGGCUGUCAAGUACAGAAAGAUAGUGAUUCGGCCGUCCAAAGUACUGGAACUGCAGCUGGUGAAGAAUGGUUUCAAAAUGGACGUGGGCCAGUACGUCUUCCUCAACUGCCCAGCCAUCUCCCAACUGGAGUGGCACCCCUUCACCAUGACCUCUGCCCCCGAGGAGGAUUUCUUCAGCGUGCACAUUCGCUCUGUAGGUGACUGGACCCAGAAACUCAUCAGCAUCGUGGAGCAGCUCCCUGAGGGGGCUCAGGGACCGAAAAUGGGUGUGGAUGGACCAUUUGGUACGGCCAGUGAGGAUGUGUUUGACUACGAAGUCGCCAUGCUGGUUGGCGCUGGAAUCGGAGUCACCCCCUUCGCCUCCAUCCUCAAGUCCAUCUGGUACAAAUUCAAGGACUCCAACCCCGAGCUACGCACCAGAAAGAUCUACUUCUAUUGGCUGUGCAGGGAGACGCAUGCAUUCGAGUGGUUUGCAGAUCUGCUGCAGGUGCUGGAGAGGGAGAUGGAGGAGAGAGGCAUGGGAGACUUCCUCACCUACAAACUCUUCCUCACUGGAUGGGAUCAGAGCCAUGCAACUCAUGUGAUGGUUCAUGCGGAUGCGGACACGGAUGUGGUAACUGGUCUGAAGCAGAAAACCAACUACGGCAGGCCCAACUGGGAUAACGAGUUUGAACAAGUGUGCAAAGAGAAUCCGACGUCAGUGGUGGGCACGUUCUUGUGUGGCCCUGUGGUCUUAGCUACCGUCUUGUCAAAGAAAUGUGUCAAAUACACGGACGUCGAUCCCCGAAAGACCAAAUUCUACUUCAACAAGGAGAACUUCUGAGCAAAACAAUGUCUAAUCUGCCCCCCUACCAAAGCUGUCUCUUUGGUCUUCCAAAAUGUUUGCAAAGAUAUGUUUUUAAAACCAUUAAUCAGCUUCCCAAGUGGUGCAGCGGUACUGCCGGCCAGGAUUUCCUUGUUCCAUCGCGCUCUAGCGACUCCUUGUGGCGGGC